AUGGACGCAAGCCUGUUGGGUGAUAUACACCAAGAACCAUCUCGGCGUCACCAACGGGCACUAUGGCUGGUAAAAGUUACUUUGCACCUGUCCUCUCUUGUUAUUGGUAUUCUUGUUGGCUUUUUUCUCAGCCGUGCGCGGUCAGGGCAGUUGUGCGAUUCACAUAAGUUUUGGCGGCCUAGUGAGUUCAGUGCGGCCAGAGAGCAGCUCUCGGGAACAUGGAGCGACGUUCUGUACGAUGCUCAGCUCGAGUACAAUCCUGCUGGUACUCUCAUUCGGAUUCCUUCUAGUCCAGACUAUGUAGGAGAGCCUUCAACAGAACUUGAAGAAGCUUGGAAAGAGCUACUUCCAGCCGUGACUGUCUGGGUUACGCCAAGUGAAGAAAAACUUCUCGGAGGAGGUCUAGCGCGCGAUCCAGAGUACAAUCUGUAUUACGGGCAGUAUGAAGAACUCGUAUCCAGCUUUUUGAAUGCGUUGGCUGAUUCAAAUUGA